UGUGAACUGCAAAAACCAUCGUGUUGGGAGUGCUACAAUGUUAUAUUAAAAGGAUUAACAAGUGAAUUAAUAGAGUUAGGUGCUAAACCAGAAUUAAAAGUUGUCAUGAAGUGUUUGUGGAUGAAGUACCUUCACAAAAGUGAGGUGUUUGAUAUCAAAAGUAAUAGGACACCCAAACUUUCUAUAAUAGGUUCAAAGAAAGAUAUUGCUAUUUUAUACAAUGUAAAGAAACGAAGAAGACGGAGAAGUACAGCUUCAUCAAUUUCAACGACUCUAAGUAUUACUAGACAGAGAUCCAAGAAAAAAAGAGAAUUUGUACAAAGUCAGUAUGAAGAACUAACUUUGUCACAAUCUUUGAGUCAGAGUACAUCAUUGCUUGGCGAGACAUUAUCAAGUUUAAAAAGUGACUCUGAAAAAUCUGAGCACAGUGCAAAGAUUGAAUAUAACAAAUAUAGUAAAGCAGAAUUGAAAAAUAUUAUGUCCAAAGCACACUUGAAGAAGCACAAAUUUGAUAUUUCUGGUGAUAUGACUUGUCACAAAUUUCUUACAAAGGAUUUUAAGGGCAAAUUUACCAACAAUCCAUCAGUUCUCACUGUUCAAACCCUUUAUUGCCUGCUGUAUAUUGGAUUACUUAUAAUUCAAGACUCCACUCAGUUAAGUGAUUUAUUUAGAUUUAUACGCGAAGGACAUUUAUCUUAUGGCAGUUUCAGACACUAUUUUGAUGAAGAAGCUAAAGAUGAGACUCUAAAUCUGCCUCUGCCUCAACAAAUUUUCUUUGCAAACCUCCCAUUUAGGAAAAAAUCAGCUAAAUUAGCUCAGUUUUUAGAUGUGGCGCAGUACAUUAAAAAACCAGAUUUAAUCAAACUGUGUCAACAGUUUUGUAAGGAGAUGAAUCUCCCUGAAGAAGUCACACAUUGUGUGGAAAAAAUAAUUAAAUAUAGCAAGCCUCAGAUGAUUUUUAAAAAUAAUUCUCCAGAAAUACCAAAUUAUGAAGGCAGAGUAAUGUGCUGUAUUAUAUAUGUUCUUAAACUUAUUUUUGGACUUGAUGGUGUAACAGAAAAACGUUUUUCUACCUAUGCAAAUCUUUUAAAUUCACAAAAUUUAAACAUAAAAAUGUUUGUGUUUGGUGACUGGCUUGAAUACUUGAGAUACAGGAAAGUAGUUAUCAAAAAAUAUAAUAUGGUAGCAAAUUUGAUGGAUAAUGACAACAUUGUUGGAGAGGACUAUAUAAAAUACUUUCUUAAUCAAAAUAUCCAAUCAAAAUUUAAACCUAGUAAAAUUAAAUUACAAAAGGAAGCUAAUGAUUACAUGCAGAUAUUAUCAAUGUUUGCUGAUAGUUGUUCAGUUUCAAAUGAUAGGAAAUUUGAAGCAAGUUUAACUCCAUUUUUAGAUUAUUCACAACACCUAUAUAAAGAAGAACAAAUUCCUUUUAGGAAUAUACUAAACACCUCUUUUUUUAAUGAUUCUUUAUCAUUUUUAUUAAAACCUAAUAAAUAUCUUAGAGCUUUAAAUACAAAACUAGUUAAAAAUUGUGGAGGUAAUGAUAAAAUAAUCACUGAAGAUCCUCUAUGUUUUCAAGAAAAAACAAGGACUUUUUGGAGUAGAAGGAAAAAAAAUAUUACUGUCCGAUUAUGUGAUAGUAUUUCUGAAGAACAAGAUGUCUCAGAAUACUUAAAGUCUUUUAAAAAAGAAUCCAUGUGUGCCACCAAAGUUGAUAUUUUAUUAGAUAACUACCAAAAGAGUAAUAAAAAAGUAUUCAAACAUAAUAAAGGUACUCUAGAAAUAAUCUCAGAAGACAUUGAGUUCAAUUUUCCAAAUUUUGAAACUUCAGGGUUGUAUCCUGAACAUUUUAAUCCUUUUGAACGUUACUGGUUAAAUAUAUCUACCAGUCCUACAUAUGCAUACCUUUCCAGGUCUGAAAUGCAUGAUAUUUUAAAUAAGCUGCCCUUUUCUUUAAGAGUAAUCAUGAAAGAGUGUUCUAGAAUUACUGAACAAAAUUUAAGAAAUCUUUAUAAUGAGUUUGAGCUCACAGAACUGUGCUUGGUUUAUCGCUGUUAUAUUAACAUUAAUAAAAAAAAACACAAUCCUGACGUUACUGUAUAUUCGAAUAUCUUAAAAAGUUGUAUACGAAGAUGGUAAUAAAAUAUUUAAAAAAAA